AUGGCUGCUGCAAAUGCUGGACGCAUUGACUAUACACAGCCUGGACCCAUUGACGACUCGGUGUUGACACAGCAGGCGACGCAUCGGUCCGAAGCUAUUUGGAAUGGGCGGGUAAAACACUCAACUAAAACAGUAACUUGGUCCAUUACCUGCCGUAGUCGUAGUUCAGAGUUCUCCAAGCAACCUCCAAUGGUGGACGACCGAGUGAGGAACAUCAUCACCACAGUUGGUUUGGAGGGACUCCUGUGGGUCCCGGGUAGAGAGAUUGACAAUGGCCUGAUAACGGCCUUAGUGGAGCGAUGGCGGCCCGAGACUCACACCUUUCACAUGCCACAUGGUGAGGUGACCAUCACAUUGCAGGAUGUGGAGGUUCUUCUCGGGCUUCCUGUUGAUGAGGAUUCUCAUCAACCGCCUUUUGGAGGAAGUUGCUACCCAUUGCCGCCUGAUGCUGAAGAGGAUCAGCUGCAUAAGUACGCACGAUGCUACAUCCUAGCGCUAUUGGGGGACACAAUAUUUAUGGACAAAUCCGGCAAUAGGGUGCAUCUAAUGUGGGUGCAGCAGUUGGAAGACCUUCACAACCCACGGAGGUACAAUUGGGGAAGUGCUUGCCUUGCAUGGUUGUAUCGAGAGCUAUGCAGGGCAAGCGAGGACACCAGUCAGAUUGGUGGGUGCUUGCUGUUGCUCCAGUACUGGGCAUGGGCCAGGUUCCCCUAUUUGUGCCCGACAGUUGAGCGAGGCCCGCCAGUGGGUGCUUACGGUCCUCCAGUACGUGGUCCACUAUCCCUGAAGUGGUUGUGGGUCCCAAACAAGAAAAAUAGGCCCGCCCACAUCUUCAGGGACAGGUAUCGCGAGCAACUAGCUUCCAUGUUGCCAGACCAGGUGGUGUGGCAGCCAUAUGAAGCUCAUUUUGACGACCUCCCGCCAUGGUGUGUUGCAGGGAGGGCCGUAUGGACGACAACGGUGCCGCUUGUAUGUUUCCACCUAGUAGAGAAACAUACACCGGAUCGUGUUGUUCGUCAAUUCGGGAUGAUCCAAGCAAUUCCCCGCGCUGUUAACACUGACAAAGUGCUUCAUGGCAUUGAUUUGAGGGGGAAGAUCGGUGUUAAUUGGAUGCAGAAGCAUGCUGCGCAUAUCCUUGAGUGGGGUAAUCGAUUUGAUCGGCGUUGCGAAGCUGUGCUUGGUGAUAUGCCUCCAGAGCACGAGUACCACGACUGGUUCAAAAGGGUGACUCGGAGGUUCAUCGAUAGGCCUGGUGCUGUAGUGACUCUGCUGGUCUAA